GGUCCGCCCGCACUGCUCCACUAGCGAGUUUCUGUCAUGUGCCAGUAGCCAGGCAACACUGUCAUCAAAUCUCCACCGUCCACGUGUCCAGAUCUUCAAUCGGAGAGCCAGCUGGUCGUACUCCCGGUCCAGCUGAACCAAGCACGGGUCCCACAAAUCAACGGCUCUAAUCAUUGACAGCACAGAGCCAGCGAACCCUGGCCGUCGGAUUCCCCUCGGCCACAGGCGCGGACCUGCGGACGCAGACACAGGGACGGGACCCGGAGUCCCCAGUAUAAAGUAAUAAGGGUCACACUGUUGUUAUUGAAUUGCUGCUCUUCGAACUCUUCUCUCAUUCUCAUCAGUUUCUCCAUUUGGUAAAAUAGUUCGUCCUUGGCUUUCCUUUCGAUCCCUCGCUUUUCUCCACGCAUGAUUCCAUCGACUUUUUUGCUCACUGGGUAAGCCGCAGCUCCCCCAUCUUUUUCAUUCCUUAUCGAGGAAUUUUUUGCGGCCUUUCCGGCUGCCUGCGUGUGUUUUGUGCUUUAAUCAUGUGCAGGAUCGUUAAACUGAAUGAUGUGGUGGUUGCUGCCUGCAAUCAUUGUUCAGAUUUUGUUGGGAAAGGGGAAGCUGGUACUGAUUUUGAAAAAUAAAAAAGAAAGAAAGUUGAAAAAGGAUGAUAGUGAGGGUAGGGUAUUGGAGGAUUCAUGGCUGAAAUCUGGGAACGUGAAAUGCUUUUUAAAGCUUUGAGGAUUGCGGAUUGAGAAUUUUUCUACCUCGAGUUCUUUGUUGGUUUGAGUAAUAAAUUUGCAUCUGCUUGUUGCUUUAAUUUCUGGUCUAUGGAGUUUUGGACGUCUGUAGGGAUGGCGGAAACGACGUCGUGUAGUGGUGGUUUUGAUUUCAAGCAUUUUUUGUUUUUCUCUGUUUGGGAGAAGUGGAAACAUUAUGAGUGGUUGUUUAUUCAUGUUACCUUGGGUUGUUUGGGGUUCCAAAAAAGUUGAAAAAACCCUAAAUGGGGGACCAUAAACUGCCCCAUCAGCCACAAUUCUUAUCAGUUUCUUGUUUUUCAUUUGAUGUUGAAAAAAGAUAUUUAACUUGGGGGGAUGUUUUAACAGCCUGCAAUUGUUGGUAAAAAGGACAUUGGGUAAAGAAGCUAGUGUAGAAUUCAUAGAUCACUAUUUCUUGCUUUCUCCUACUUGAGUUUGUGGACAUGGAGCAAUAGAGAGAGUCUUUUUUUACAGUAUGACGAUGGAGUAUUUCUUUUCUGGUUAGGUGGGAAAGCCGUUGAAGGUGACAUAUAGGGGUUUUAUUUAAUUUUAUUUAUUUAAAGAAAAUUGAGAGGGCUUGCUUCUUCUUCCUUUUUUUUUUUUUUUAAUUUUUUUACUGUUUUUUAAUCAUUCGGGAGUGUGGGUAUUUGGUAAAUGGUAAAAAAAAUAGUUCGUGGGGAAUUAAAAAAUAAGUAAAAUAAGAAAGGAAAGCGAUAAAGGUGCCUUUACUUUACUUUACCCACGGAAGAAAGAUGGUUAAAUGGUAGCCUGUAAAUAGUAGAAAGGCAUUUUCAGUUAUCUGAUCUGCUCCAAGUGAAAGCGCCACUUUCUUCUCUUUAGUACCAACAUAAGGAAGGGAAGAAGGAAGGUAAUCAUCUGCCAUGGAUGGGGUAUGGUAAUUGAGAUCUAGUAAUGUCUGGUUCAUCUGAGUAGCAGAAAUUGAGGGGGAGGGUGUUCAUAUAAUGAGCCAGUUUUCAGAGAUGGAGUGGAACCCCAAAUGGGAUUGGGACAACUUUGUUGCUUUUGGUUCUAAAACAAUCGAAAGCCCCAAAAAGGUGCAGUUGGCGGACUGGAUGAUUGUUGAUGAUGCAGAAAUUGAUGCUGGAUCUUUCAAUCUUUCAGCAGGGGGUGGUAACAGCGCCGGCUCCGACGGAGGCCAUGUGUCAUCGGCCAAGAGCUCGAUUUCAGCUUCUACCGAUUCAUCGACCAAAGACGGGAUGCAAACUCCCAACUUCCGGCUCAUGACAUUCGAUGGAUUUUCAGGGAACUUCACUGAGAAAAUGGAUGUGAAAGGAGCUGAGAUUUCGGGGACUUCGAAGCCUACCGAUGCUUCUGUUGCCUCUCUCGAGCCGUUGAUUGGCCUAAAGCUCGGAAAAAGGACGUAUUUCGAGAACACGGCGAAUGGGGGCAACGGCAAAACUGCAUCUUUUUCGGUUAUGCCUACUCCAUCUGCGAAUUUGACCAAGAAGACAAAGUCGUCGGCCGGGCAAAAUCUCCAGAUACCUCGGUGCCUUGUAGAGGGCUGCAAUGUCGAUCUUUCGACGGCGAAAGAGUAUCACCGGAAGCAUAGGGUUUGCGACGCCCACUCCAAAUGCCCGAAGGUGGUUGUCGCCGGAGUGGAACGUCGAUUCUGCCAACAGUGUAGCAGGUUCCAUAGCUUGGCUGAAUUCGACGAAAAGAAGCGUAGUUGCAGAAGAAGGCUAUCUGAUCAUAAUGCACGGCGCCGGAAGCCUCCACAGGAAGCUAUCCAGUUCAAUUCAGCUCGGCUGUCCUCGCCGUACUAUGAAGGCAGGCAACAGCCGAUGAGUUUUCUGUUGAACAAUGGCCCGUACAUAUACUCUCGGAACAAUAAUCCCGGCAGCAGUAUGUGGAACAGGACGAUGUCUAAGUUCAGCAUUACAAAAGGGUUUCCUUCCAAGUCCGAUUCUGAUGUGGAUGGAAGCUAUGGAAUGAAACUGCCUCAUGGCAUCCAUGUGCCGGAUAAUCCAACCAACGGGUUUUUGGGAUCGAAGAGCAGCAAUGUACCACCCGAGGCCCUGAAUCCAGUUCCAGGAUUGAAGGGAUCUUCUGGGAUGAUCUCAAUAUCGUCUACAUCAAACAUAGAUGAUGCAGCAGCAGCAGCAGCACUGGACUAUCGUCGUGCUCUCUCUCUUCUGUCAAGCAGUAAUAAUAAUAAUAACACUUGUUCUUCUCCGUGGGGUUCGGAAUCGGAAUCCAUCCACCACCACAAUCCUCCUCCGAUGCAUGAGUAUGCAGGAGGAGUAGUAGUAACCGAGGCGCCGUUGAGUCUGAAUGCGAAUGCGAUGGGGAUGUCGGAUGUUUGGCUGCAAUCAUCAAUGGCUCAUCAUCAUCAUCAUCUUCGGCUUCUUCAGGCAGCAAACAACUUUCAAGAAAUACAGCUUCUGAGAACUCCACCAGCACCAGCACCAGCACCCGCACCCCCACCCCCCUAUGAAGCUGACUUUUAUUCCAACUUGUUGAACUGAUCCCUCUUCCCAAGGACUGAAACUAAUUUAAAUUUUCUGAAUUUAUUUAUCCUUUUGUUAUUUUUGAAGCUGCUGUUGCUACUCUUCUUUCCCUUCCUUGAAAGCUGAACUGACCUCUUCUUCCUUUUUGGCUUUUA